AUGGAAGUGGAAGGAAAUAUAGAUGUAUUGGUGAAAAAAGUUGAGGUGUUGAGUGGUGAAGUUAAUCUGUUUACGGGUGGAAAAAUUGAUGGAGUUGUCAAGGAGGUUGUGGAAAUAAGGAGUGAACUUUCGGGGGUGAAGGAGGCGUUGGACAACAACGGUGAUGUUGAGGGUAUUGCGAGCUUUUGGGGUGCCAUGUUGCCUAACUAUAUGAAAUUCACCAACUGUGAGAAGAGUGUCAAGGAUGUCAGAUUAGAUCUAGAGAGGGAGGACAAUGAAGACGACAAACCAAUGGGAGAUGGGGGAGGAGACGUAAUGAUGGAAGAAGCUGCAGAAGCUCCAGAAGCUCAAGUUGGACAGGAUGUCACAAUUACGACAGUUAUGGAAUACAUGGGAUUACAUGGAGCUGUUAAUUGUGAUGCUUAUCAUAUGACUGAUCCAAGGGCCGAUGGUCUUGGGGUGUGUUCGUGCAUUGAGAGAAGGCUUGAAGACGCAGGUGUAUACCCUGAGGAGGUUAAUUACAUCCAUGCACAUGCAACUUCUACUCUAGCCGGUGACCUAGCUGAGAUAAAUGCUAUCAAGAAGAUAUUCAAGAAUACAUCAGACAUCAAAAUCAAUUCAACGAAGUCUAUGACCGGUCAUUGUCUGGUUGCAGCUGGUGGUUUAGAAGCCAUUGCCACUGUGAAAGCCAUUAUCACAGGAUUGAAACCUCCCAAUCCCGAGUGA